CACAUCAACUCCUGGCAGACAAGAAGGAGCUACUUUACCAUGGACAAUUCAAGCUCUCAGCGGUAGUUUGAUCCAGACUGACUGAGAGGACCGAGAGUGAAGAUAGGAUGGAAAGUUCAGAGGAUGAGGAAUUCUAUGACGGACUGGGUGCUUCAUUUGGCCCCAAGAGAAGAGAAGACUCUCCUCAACAUGACAAUGUGUUUCAGGAACGAGAUCAGUGCCAGAAGAAAGCUGAAGAGUUUGUCGCGAAAUGCUUGAAACCUGCUGUUGAAGACUUCAUCAAUCGUUACCUGGGUCUUUCUAUUGUGGAUGAAAUGCUGAAGAAGAAGGAAUUCAGCACACGAGUCGCUUUCCAGUACUACAUUUUACUGGAUUUGCUUUCAAAGGAAAGCUUUGAUGACUACCUGAGUUUCACUUCCUCCUAUGAGAGCUUUGUGAAGAAGUGGAUCCUUCAAAAAAUACAGGAACAUUUUUCAAGUUCCUCCAAAACAUCUGAGUUUGAGAAUCAACAUCUUGAGACAAGUGUCAGCUACAUAAAUGAAGGAAUUAAAAAGGCCAAAACACUAAACAGAGAGAAUGUGAAAACUUUAGUGGAGGACAUCUGUAAAGAGCUUGGUGAUAAACUGGUCAUUUCCCAGGAUGCACUUGGAGCAUUUAUGAUCCUGAACAAUGCUGAUCAGAACAAGUUUGCUGACUACCUCACAAUUUCUGUGAUUGCCAUGAAAAUUUCUUUGAGAGAGAAGUUCAAAACAUCAACGUUCAAAGACAAACGAAAAUGUCUCCACAUGCAGCCUCAGGAUGAGCUUUUCCAGAGAGUGAUCGGAUGUGGCAAAAAGUGUCCGUUCUGUGCUGUUCCCUGUGAGGCUGGAGGAGAAGCUCAUGCACAACACUGGGCCUCAUUACACCGACCACUGGGUCUGAAUAACUACAGGUGUAAUAUGAAACUUUCCACUGACAUCUGUUCAUCUCUUGUUGAAAAUGAUGGUUGCUUUCGUUGUCCUCAAACAAACAUUGAAAGUCAUCCUUAUAAGAGGUACAGAGAAAUAUUCCCUGACUGGGAUAUUUUUCCAGAUGGAAGUCUUGAGGCUUCAGACUACUGGAAAUACAUCAUGACCAAGUACAAUGAUGACUUUGCCAAACAGUAUAAUGCAGAGCCUGCUGACAUUCCUUCACCUUGGAGAAAGAUCACACAUCAGCAGGCAGAAGAAAGCCUGAAAAAGUCUUUUUACAUGAAGUGAGACUUUUCAUUUACAUCACUUACUCUGAGUGUAGAGUGAGUUUCAUAUUUUAUAAUCUACCUGUUGAGACUCACAUGUCAUGAAGUGAAUCAUAUUGUUAUGACAUAGAUAUUAACACCACAUUAAACAACACUUUUCUUGACUUCACACUAAACUAGUCGUGUUUCUGUUGAGCACAUUGUGAAAAUCCAAAAUGUGAACAGGUGGAACUCUGAUGCACUCCACCAGUUGAAGUAAUCAUGACAGUGUUCUGAAAAUGAGGUGUAGUGUGGAGAACUUUUAGCAUUCAGUAUAAAAUAUCAAAAGUACAUUGAUUCAUGUAUCAUUGCCUCGUGAACAUUUAUCUCAAAGAACUUUCCAAACAUCGUGACACUGUAAGGUAAAAGAGGAGAAACCAUCAGAGCACAGAGGUAUUUUGUUUUAUCAGUUUGCCCUGAUCUGAUCACUGUAAAUACUGUUAUUAUGAUCAUUUCAGAUUUGUUUCAUGACUGUUAAGUGAUUAUUUUGAUGAGAAAACAUUAAAAUGUUCUUGUACGCAUUUUGAGAAUAUGUGAAACGUUUGUGUGAAUAAUCUUUUGUUGCAUUUAUGAUUUUAGUGAGAUGUAAACAUGAUAGUGGAAAAAGUCAGUUUUAACCAGAUUAAGUUCGUGACAUGAGAGCUGUGAUGAAUAUUGUGUUUUUGUUCUUGUUUUCUUGAUGAUGAUAAAUUUCCUUCAGUUCAGUUGUGGCAUCAUCAUGCAUGUGUGAAGUAAUUGUAAGUUUUCAUGCUGACAAUUUUAAAGCUGAAUAUUUGAGUUCAGUCUGAUACGACAUAAUUUAAAAACAUAUAUUCAAGGCUCAAAACAAAAAAUGUUGAAACUUGCGUCCGCAACAAAGGGAGUCGAUGAAAUCAUGUUGCAUGUUUGUUGAAAAUGUUUUGACUGAUGAAGGUUUGUAUUGACUUUUAAAUGUUUAAAUCUUAAUUCUACAUGGUGACAUUUUUCAAGGAUGUACAGGAUCAUGUUAAACUGUCAGAAUGAAUAAAGAGACAAGACGAGCAGACUGGCUAUGAAUGUCUUUAAUGUUUCCCAGAUCAGAAUCACAGCAUACAGCGUAUAAUAACUUCUAAAGUAAACAGAAAUAUCAUCACCUCAUUUAUUUAUAUAGUUUCACUUGAC